AUGAUCACCGCCAUCUCCCACAUAAACCUCAUCGUCCCACCCAACACCCUCCCCCACGCCCUCUCCUUCUACGGCACAACCCUCGGCCUGACCCCCCGCCCCGUCCCCCAUCUUCAAAAAGACCGCCUAGCAUGGUUCGACAUCGGCUCAUCCGGCCAACAAGUCCACAUCGCUUCCGGCCCGACUGAAGCUGAAUCACCGAGACAUCCGUGCUUCAAGCUGGAGAGUCCAGAGAAACUGAUGGAGUUGCAGAGAAGGAUAUGGGAGCAUUUUGAGAGGGGGGAUGAGGCGAGUCCGAGGGCGGCGGAUCAGCCGGGGAUGGAGAAUUCAGGGUCGAAGGGUGUUGAGUAUCCGCAACGGUUCUUUGCGAGGGACUAUGCUGGGAAUAGGCUGGAGUUUAGUCUGUAG